UGUUCUCUGUGUUAAUUUCAGGAUUGAGGACGGAUAUGCUGGUCAGGGUGUGCAACUAAAAUGAGAGGACGCACCAUGAGCUCCAGAGCACUCAUCCUCUGUGUUCUCUGUAUAGGUACCACCACAGUUGCUGCCACCAAUGCCACCAAGCUGUGUCAAGGUGUAGUAAGUAGUCCACUUGAGACUCAGCUCCAGUCUGGAAAUGUGUCUGCUGUGAUCUGCAACUUCAACAUUUCUGAAUUCGCCUGUUUAUCAUCCACCAAUUUUACUAAUCUGACCUCUGGUGACCUGGCUACACUGUUGACAUGCAAACUUCCUAGCAGUGCGCUCUACUCAAAAGAAAUCUGGGUGCUUUUCCUCAAGAAAUUUGCAACGUCUUUGGAUGCAGUUCUGGAUAAUUUCUCCAACGUGACCCUCAACAUCACUGGGUCUAAGUCAAAUAUCCUUGAUGCCAUCGGCGAGGUGAUGUUCAGCAACUUCAACACCACAGACCUUGCAAAUGCCUCCUUAAUUACCAAGUGGUUCCAGAGCAGGCUGAGACCAUUCUUGUCCUCAGUUUCCACAGACUUUCUUGGUAGUCUUGGUGCCAAAAACUUCAGCUGUCAGACCUUCCAAAUUGUGAUGGAGGUCUUUAGUACACAAGAGAUGGCCAUGAUGGAGGAACAAAAAUGGUCUGUCGUCAGGAAUUUCACCUAUCCCUUCCUCCUAGCUCAACAGACACAAGGUCAGUCCUGUGUGCAGUCACUGAGCAAUGACUCUGACUGGCUGGCGAAGAACUUCGGAAAAUUCAGCAAAUUUGCCUCUUUGUCUGAUUUCAUCAGCCUGAAGAGUGACUUCAAUGGCUUGAAUGCAACAGAAGUUCUAACUCCAUCCCAGCUGGCAGAGCUUUGUUCUGAACCUUCUCGACUCCGUGGUCCUCAGGAUGUAAACCGGGUGAUGGCAGCAAUAAACCCGAAUCAGUUUGCCUCAUUCUUUAAUCAACUCUCUCCCAACAUCCAGAAAAAUGAAUCCCGGUACUCCAGUGAUUUGAAGAAAGCGUUCCUCCAGAACAUCCUGCAGAGAGGGGGACUGUCCUCUGCACCAUUAAAUGAUUCAGAAGUUCUGCAGUGGGUGAACGUUCUGCUCAGUCCCUUCCUCUCCAGCCUCUCCUCUGCAGAUGUGACGCCAUACUUCAACAUAAUAAGAAACCAGACCUGCAACACCAGCCAGAUAGCAAUCAGCAAGUUAGACUCUCUGAGAUCUGCUUUCAGCAACGACACACAGGUUCAGAUCCGCAACAACAUUCAGCAGCUCUUUGCUGAACCGAAUGGUCUGCGUUGCUAUAGUGGCGGGAGCUUCUUUGUCUUCCUCAAGAGCUUCUUCCUCAGUUUUGGGUUUCCUGACCUGAGUGGAGUUCUGUCCAUCAUCCCGGCCAGCCGACAGAAAGAGCUGUUGGACUCCAUCUCUCCAGGAGAACUGAGCCAGAUUCUGAAUGGGACGAACACAGUCGGUAACGGGUCAGAUCUCUGCACGUUCCUCAACAACUACAACAGGACCAACCAGUACCUGGAGAAGGAGCCAGUUGUAUCUGCAGCUGUGGGCAGGCAGACGUUGGCAUGUGUUUGGUCUCGUGCUCUCAGUGCGUCGUCUCAGGAUGAGGUGGAUCAGUGGUUUAAUGUCAGACUGGGUCAGUACCUGCCCUUCCUCAGCUCUCAGCUCAUCAACUCCACUCAACUCAGCAACGCCUCCUGCCUGUCCUACAGGAAACUGGUUUCAUUUCUGGGGAACAACUAUAAUUUCACAAGCACUGAUUUCACCCCAGCUGAUGUCUACAGCUCUAUGAAGUCUUAUCUGAAAAGCAGUGAUGGAUCUCCACGCUGUUAUAACUCCUCUGAUCCCCUUCUGAACUCCACUGCCUGGUUUGCUGACAACAUUGGAUUCUUCAUCACCUUCAUCACCCUCACUGACCUCCAGUCCUAUGUGUCAGAAAGCAAGAUGAAUACGUUCCUGGAAAACAUUUUCAAUCUCCAGCUGUUUAACAACACAGCAAUUACAGCCAGCGUCACCAAAUACUUCAGCUCCCAGCUAUUCAUCCUGAAUCCUUCCUUCAACCUCUCCAGCUUGCCACCAGUACUCUUGUGUGGAGUUCCUGGCUCUGCAUUUGUGUCUUCUGGAUCUAAUGCCAUCCAGACAUUCUUGACAAACAUUAACAACUUCUGCUCAGAUACCAAUCCAGAGGUGGCAGCAGUUCUUGUGUCAAAGGUCACUAAUUUCACCUCAGGCUUCAUUGAGAAACUUGGCAAGCAGGUCGUUGGAUUGAGUGUGAGUCAGAUAACCACUGUUGAUGUCAAUGUCAUCAAAAACAGCCUGUCAUCACUCAGCAAUGUCACAGGCUGGGGCCCAGGUCAGGCCAAAGCCCUCGUCAAGAUGAUCACUAGUGCAGGCUUUAAUUUUAGCGUUGGUUCGUCCCUGGUGCAACUGGGCACACUCAUUGGAGGCCUUCCUUCUGCAAUCAUCUCCAAAAUGCCUUCUACUGAGCUUCUUAAUGCAGUAAAGGAUUCAACAUUCAUCACAAACAUUCUGUCAGCACCUGUGAUUCUACAGCAGACGUGCAUCCAGCAGAUCGUCUCUGCAGAUCCGCUCAAAAUCCUGGACAACGUUCCGGACAAGCUGGCGUCGUAUAUUCCAUCUGUGUUGCUGACAUCCUUCAGCUCUCUCAAUGUUCAACUCCUAAACAAAAAAAUCUGGAGACCAGAACAGGCCGUGCUGUUUAUGAGCCAGGUGGCUAGCAGUUUUGGCAAUUUGGAAGACCUCUCAGAGUCAGUACUGCAGGGAUUCACCGCCAGCUCAAUUAAGACUCUGUCAGUCCAGAAGAUCAAACAGCUGGUGAAAGCCUGUAGACCACGUUCAGGCAGGAGCAAGGUCGUCCUGAAAGAGUCUCAGCUGACCUUGAUGUACAACAUGAUUAAAGACGACACAAGUCUUGCCUUUGCUGAUUUACCUUCCGACAUGCUGCUCUACUACAAUUAUGAUAAGGUUCAGACGGGAAGCUGCAGGUCGUACUUCAGUGCUCUGGGUUCUGCCGAUUUCUCGGUUCUUUCCAGCGUUCUCAACAAACAGUCCGUCUUAUUCAGCAACGCUCAGAACUGCCUGGGUAUAUCUGGGUAUAAGCUGACCAAGGAUCAGGUGGGGGUUCUGGGUAAUAUGAUCUGCACGCUGGACGCCGCCUACAUCCAGAACUCUGACCCGAGCAUCCUGGAGUACCUGAAGAACUGUACAGAUCUUUCUUCUGCUCAGGUCACGGCUGUACAGAAGCUGCUCACGAGUGGAAGUACUUCAUACGGUAUUCCCUCAGUUUGGACGCAACAGACUUUGGAACAGCUGGGAGGCCUGUCUCUCUACCUCAAACAAGACUUCUGGGCCUCAUUUGGCACAUCAUUAAAGAAGAGGUUCCUGAAGUACUACAUGCCAAUCCUGAGGACCCAGAAGGUUUCGGUUGAGAAGAUGAGGCUAUUCUUUACAGCAUUCACCUACAAGCGUGUAGCUAGAGAAGCUACAAGAGCAGGCUGUACAGUCGGCAACAUCACCGCCGUGACGAUCGCAGAUGAUUCGUUCCCUAUCGACUAUGACUCCGCCCAGUUUGAUGCCUGUCUGGACAGCAGUUUCCUGACUUACAACCUGGCAGGACUCACUCAGAAAGUGCUGGACACCAGCCUGCAGACCAUCAUCCUCAACAAGUUAAAACAGCUGUAUCCCUCAGGUCUCCCGGAGAGUGAGGUGCAGUUGCUGGGCUCCACCUCCCGCAUGGCGAGUGCUGCUGAUAUCAGUCAGUGGAACAUCACCACCACCGACACCCUGUCCUCACUGCUGGACUCCACCUACGGAGUCUGGACCUCAGACCAGAGUAAAGCAGUGAUUAUGAGGUAUCUCGGCGUGACGGGGAACACUCUGGGAACUGCUGAAUUAAACAUCAUCGGGUCCAGCGUUUGCUCUCUGGACGUCAGCGUCCUGAAGAGCAUCACUGCUGAUAGUCUGAAGUCUGCAAAUGCGUUGAACUUAACUAACUGCUCAGUUGAUCAGAAAACCACUCUGUACACCAUCGCCAACUCCUCCUUCAACAGCCAACGAAGCGUCUCCUCCACCUUCUACCAGCUCAUCAGCUCUUACCUGGGCGGAGCUCCUUUGGCUGACAUACAAACGCUUUCCUCUAUGAACAUCAGCAUGGACAUCGCCACCUUCAGGAGCCUGAAAACUGCAGUGCUGGAGGCUCUGAGCGUGGGGACGGUACGUGAUCUCCUGGGGUUGAAUCUGCCUGAUCUGAAGCUGUUUGAGAAUUCUACAGAGGUUCAGACCUGGGUGGCUCAGCAGACCAAGGCUGACCUGGCGACGCUGGGUCUCGGACUCGUCGGGGGAAAAGACACUGUGGCCACUGCUAGCGCCACCGUCACCACCCAGACAGUAGCUGCACAUGGACCAGGUGUUGUUCAUGGUGUUUCAGGACCGUGGUUUUUCACCAUGUUUGUAGGACUGCUGAUGAUCACACUGCAGAUACUACAGUAACCAGCGCACUCCUGACCCGCUGUCCGACCAUAUAUAACAUAAAUAUAAUAUAUAUCACAGUUAAUCACUAUGUCAGUCUGUCUCAUUUAAGUCAAUAACACAUUAAACUCUUU